AUGAAAUUAGACACAAAAGCCAUGCGCUACCUCACCGAUGAGGAUUGGCGAGUUUUGACUGCUGCUGAGAUGGGAAGCAAAAACCACGAACUCGUACCCACGUCCUUGAUCGAGAAACUUGCACGCCUCCGUGGCGGUGCUGGUAGUGUUCACAGAAGCAUCUCAGCCCUUGCAAAGGUUGGCCUUAUUGCGCGUGUCAAGGAAGCAAAGUACGACGGUUACCGACUCACAUAUGGUGGUCUCGACUAUCUCGCCCUCCACACUUAUGCCAAACGAAACGACGUCUACAGUGUAGGAGAUCGGGUUGGUGUGGGCAAAGAAAGUGACAUCAUGAUCGUGGCAGACCACACAGGCACGCAGCGAAUCCUCAAGAUCCAUCGACUCGGCCGUAUUUCUUUCCGAUCCGUUAAAUCGAACCGAGACUACCUCAAAAAGCGACAAUCCGGAUCAUGGAUGUAUCUAUCCAGGCUAGCAGCUAUGAAGGAAUUUGCCUUCAUGAAGGCUCUGCGCGAAGAGGGCUUUCCUGUCCCUGAACCUUUUGCACAAUCUCGCCACACAAUCGUCAUGUCGUUAAUAGACGCAUUUCCUCUUCGACAGAUCGCCGAGGUCCCUGACCCAGCAUCCCUGUACGGUGAUCUAAUUGCGCUCAUACUACGACUUGCCAAGCAUGGAUUGAUUCAUGGUGAUUUCAACGAAUUCAAUAUCUUGAUCAAGGAGAACAGAACAAAAUCUGAAGAAGGCGAGGAGACCCUGACACUUGAGCCCGUCGUGAUCGAUUUCCCUCAGAUGGUUUCCAUGGAACAUCAAAACGCUGAAAUGUAUUUUGAUCGGGACGUCAACUGUGUUAAACGCUUUUUUGAACGCAGAUUCCACUUUGUGCCAACAGAGCCUGGUCCUUUCUUCAAACACGCAAAGAAAGCAAUGACCAAGGAGGGCCUCAAAAGACUUGAUGCCACAGUUGAAGCUUCUGGUUUCACAAAGAAGAUGUUGAAAGAUCUCGAGGCUGCUAUUAAGGAAAAGGUGGAUAAAACUACUCCACAAAGUGAAGAUGAGGAUGAUGAGGACGACGACGAAGACGAAGAUGAGGAGAGCGAGGAUGAGGGUAAGUCGGAAGACUCCAAAGAUGUCCAAACAUCUGGUGGCCUGCUCGGCGAUGAUGUCAUGAACUCUAAGGACGAUCCAGUUGAAGAGAGCAUGUCAAAAUUGGCAGUUUAG